UAGGCUAAUAGAAGGACGUCAACAUUACGUCCCAUUACGUUGUAUAUUUAUAACUGAUAAUACAGUCCCAAGUUCAAGCAGUUAGCCGGCAUUCAAGUGCAUUCAUUCGCGUGUUUUCAAUAAUUUGAAGAUCGGCUACGAUUUAAGGUAUUGUGCAUAAUGGUUGGACGAAAACGCGCUAGACGUUCAUGCUCAUACUGCAAUGCGACUGAUCACAACGUGAGAACAUGUGGCGUGAAAGCGUUGGUUGACGGCAAUGGUGAAAGGAAAUUGCUUCAAUGGUUGGCAACUUCCAAUGAAGUCAAUUCUACUGAACCGAAUUCCGAGAACGUAGAGGAAAUUGGGACCUUGGCGGAGUGUAACUCAACACGAGAAGUAGGGACUCGUUACCAGGUUUUUGGACCAACAGUUCGAGAUUUGUUACCGACAACCGCUCCUUCGCCUUGCACUGACGGACUUUGCAAUGGGUCUUUUCAAAAUCCAGGUGGUAUUGUAUGGCUUAAACAGGUCUGUAAUUUGAACAAUUUUUAUUUAUUAAACAAUACUGGAGAUGGCGACUGCGCGUACAUUUCAAUUCUAGACGGUAUGCGAUCUUUAGGCUUACCUAAUAAACCGGAUAAUAUCGAGCAAUUUAGGGCAAUCGUGGCAGAUGAACUAAGUAGUCGUCCGGAUAUUUAUAGAGAUUUAUUAGAAACCGAUUCUGAUGAUCGCGAUUCGGAAUUUACUACUUUUGUUUCUUUAACAAGAAGUACUCGUGAAUGGGCCCAGACAUGUUGUUUUUAUGCAAUAGCUGCCUUGUUUCCCAUAACAAUUCGUUUAUGGGACGACAGGACAAAACAUUUUGGAUCAUUCGGCACUUUUCCACAAGUGGUUAAUAUAGGAUAUUUAUCUAAUGACCUUCAUUACGUAGCUCUUCUUCCGUCAUUUGCAUCUUCUGACAAUUCCUCUGCUAAUUGUGUAUCAAGUUGUCAUUUAGAAGAUCAGCAGUCAAUCCAUGAAAAAGAUAUCAGAGAUGUUUCGCAGACUGUAACUUUGGAAAUGACAUCAAACAACCCUGUACCUCAGCGAAUGGAAAGGCCUGACAAACCGGAAUAUCCGUUGAGACUUCAAGGGGUUAAACAAGCGACCAGAACAUGUGCCAAUUGCUGCAGAAACAGUACAGAGAAGUAUAAUAUUAAUUUGCGCAACCGGUCACCGGUACUCAAACGUAAAAAGUUCGGAUUUAUUCGGCGUGGUAUGGUAGCUUCACAGCAGGUAUUGCUUUGCGAUCUUUGUUGUAAGUAUUUAACUUCAACUACUUUUAUGACAAUUAAGCAAUCCUGGCAUUGCUCUUGGCCCAGUGUACUAUGGUAUAUUUUGUCACUGAGCGGUGACAUUUCAAAUAAAGUUUGGUCAGUUUUACCAUCUACAAUUAGGGAAAUGUGGCGAGUAUUGCAUUUGAACAACACCGAAUGUAGAUUUGUGGAUCGUACUCACGAUAUUAAUAAAUUUAAGUCUUUAGUGGCAACUCUUGACAUAGGCUACAUUAAAGAGGCUUUUAAUGCUUUCCCAGUUGCCGACGUCGUAUGCCCUUUGGGUUGCUGGCAAUUUUUAGAAGAUUGUGAUUUUAUUCCAUUACUACAUUAUUUGACAGAUUUAACGGAAGUCAAAUUGUCAGGAGCUGAUUCAGAAACAUUCAGAGGAGCACGCCCCGAUUGGCCACCCUUGCCAACGACAUAUUUGGAAAGUUAUGUGUGCGCAGCUGGAAUAGCGGUGUCGGAACAGCAAGGAAUAUGCAUUUUAUGGUGUAAAGAUAAGCACGAGUCUUUGAAGCGGCCGACAAUUCAUCCACCAACGAAUCCCGUUCUUCGACCAAAUGCUGAACAAGGAUGUGAUUUCUUAGCUCCAUGUACUCUUAUACCUCACAUAAAACGCCUGGGUAAGAUAAAGCAAUGGAAUUCGUCAGGACACGUGAUAGACGUUCGUGGCGGUCAUUUUGGAAUGUCGUCUUGCUCACUAAAUCCUAAUCCAUCUAAAAUGAUCAUUUCUAGUGAUCAGCAUCUAGUUAAUUCACUUAUUGUAGGGCAACGUAAUGAUAUUAGAAAAAGACUUUUUAGGGAUCAUAGAAGACGCCGGGAUGCGGAAUCGUACCUGCUUACAUACAAUGUACAUCGUCGAGAAAAGUCGGGUGUUUAUGACGAAGACGUUAUUCAGAAACAUUUGUCUUCGGGAACCUAUGUGUCGGAAAUUGAUGCUUAUUAUAUGUGGCGAGCAGGCCACGCAAGGCAAGUACAGACUUCUCAACAACAUGAUGGUGAGUUAAUAGAGCCAACUAAGAUGUUUAUAGCUAUUGUACAUCCGGCUGACUCGUUUGGCUGUAAACCUUUCCGAUGUCAGCUCGGAACUGAUUUUAGUAAAGUCAUUAACAUUUCGCAUUAUGAGGAUUGCGUAAACUCGUGGUCACCUGCUGGAUUAAUAUCUUUUAUUCUCAUCCAUUGCAGGCAAUUAUAUAACUUAGCUCUAAUGCAAGCGGUUGAAAACAAAGACCAGUAUACCGCUUCAAUUUUAUGUACUGUUGCUUCUGUUGAAAAAUUUCAAACCCGUUGUAAACUUAGUAUGUCAAAGAUUGUUUUUCAGGACAGUUUCAAGAGAAUUAUUCAGACGCAUGGACAACAAGUCAGAAUUUCGGAAGCAGAAAUUUUAUCGAACGUUUUAUGUUUGCUUGUUAAAAAAUGUGUGUCACACGUUACGGACGAUUUCAGUCAUCCAAUCCAUUUACUGCUUAAUGAUGAAGAAGUGUUGUUGAUUAUCAAGCCUACAUCUUCGAGAAACCGUCAUUCUUCACCUCCUCAUCAAUUUAUGGGGAGACAUCUUCUCAUGGUGUUGUCUUCCAAGCAUGGUCAUGCUUUUAGAUGGGAUCACACGUUACUUUGGUGGCUGGUCAAUGACCAACGGACGCAUAAGUAUAACUUUCUUCCACAGCUUCCAUCUUGGCAGCUAGCAAUAUAUGGCACAACAUCAAAUGCGGUCAACGAAGAAAUCCUCUCAAGAUCAUUAGACGGCCAACAAUAUUUCAAGUGUGGAAAUGAACAACACCAUGAAUUUCUCAUGAAGGAGUCUCGUUACACUAAUAAGCAAUGCUUCAAGAGAACGUGUACCAAUAAAGCUGUUUGGGGAUGUCAAUGGAACUAUUUGGGGAUGGAGUGUAAUGUAGGAAUAUGUCGAGGACAUUUUACGUCUGAGAUGCGAAACGGUGAGAUUGUUGAAAUACAAUCAGAAAGUGAGUAUGAUGUGGCACCGGAUGCGGUGAGUAUGGAUGAAGGUACUGAUAUUGAUUACGAUAUUAAUGACAGUUCAUCUGCAGAUAACGAUAACUUGAAUUGUGAUAAUGACGUUGAUUUGAGUCAAGUUUUGUUACAUCAUUCUAACUUAGACUUUCUUGAGGAUGAAAUAAUUGUUGAUCCUUUACAUACAGUGUCAACAAACAUACCUUCUUUUAACGCGGCUAGUAACUAUUUUCCGUUACAUAUUUUAUUGAAUGACACUUUUCAGGUUUUGAAAAGAAGCACACGCCGCAGAAAGAAUGCAAAGACUCAAAACUUGCUCCAUCACUUUGCUGGGAAUGGUGAUUCGACGGCAGUGUCUCUACUCUUUCCCGAGGCACAAAUUCUUCCGACAACGUUUUGGGCAAUGAAAGGGAAUUCUCCAAUUGGUGCUAUGCAUCAAGCCCAUUUCUGCAACACAUCAUCUUCUCGCACCUCCAGGUCAUUGCGAUCCAAAGACGACAUGAUUGGCAUUCGAUUACGUGAUCAUAACUUGCCAACGAGUCAACAACAUUCAAGUCUGCAUUUUUAUUUUGACCUUAAGCUAAAUGAUAAAUUAAACAAGAAUUCAUCUGCCCUUGUUUUCAGACGAGGAUUGGAGCAUAUAGCCGAAAACAAGUCUCUUCAUUGUUUGGUACAAGACAGUCCUCUUCCAUAUGAUGAAUCCGACAGUAAUAUAAAAAUUCGUGAAUUGACAGCACUUACUACGAAGUAUCCUUGGAAGUACUGGAUGACGAUGACAUGCAACGAAGUCAGGACUCCAGGUAUAAUGCGGGUAAUUAGUAGUAUGAAGGAGAUGAGUAAGAAUCUGUCCGAUUACCCUAGAAUUUAUUACGCUAACUUAGGAAUGAUUAACAGGAUGUGGCUCCGUUUCAUUAACGUUUUUCUGGAGUAUCUCGUUAAUAGCCCAGAUCAGCCUGCAGGACCUAUUAGGCACAUGUUUGCUCGUUUGGAAUUUCAAUCUACAGGUUCACCUGGCAACAAAGCCCACGUCCACAUCGGUGCUGCUUUAUUCGACGAACCAGUAGAAACAACGUUGAGUCGUAUUUCUUGCAAUCCUGAAACCGUGUUUAAUGAUGAAAGCUUUGGGGUCACACGUCAGCAACUCCUGAAAAAUGGAAUCGUUGAAAGAUCUUCAGACUUCGAUGACCUCAAACAACUAUAUAUCAAAAUGUCCACGCAUAAUUGUUCGAGGGCUGGAGAACGCUGCUUGAAGCGUAAAAACGAGAAAGGAGAAAUGGUUUGUAGAGUACCUAGGCACCCAACAAGUUAUCAGUACUUUUUUCAGGAGAAGCAUGACCUUUAUUGUCCUGAUAUGAUGGAGAGAAUGAAACGCAUCGGAUUUGCCGAAAACACUAAUUGCCGACAACCCGAUGGUUCUAUUUCCAGCAGAUUGACAAUGAUUGAUCCGAGGCUACGGGGAGGCAGAUACCACUACCCAACGAGGAGCCCACCAACUUAUCUGCCGACCAUUCCUUUAUUGCAAUGCGCUUUGGGUUCGAGUUUCAACUGUACUGCAUGUGAUCGUCGGUUCGCAACGUCAUAUUUGAUAAAGUAUCACGUAGGUAAAGAGAGCCAUAGUGGCGGUAAGUAUUUGGAAGGAGUCGAAAAAGGUAAUGUAAAAGUUAUUGACGGUGGAUUAGAGCAUGUUAAAAUUUCUGGUCAACAACUGCUUAACGAUAAAAAGACGAAUAGAAAUAAAUUGAAAGGUUUAGCAGUGACUGAAAUAGGAUACUACGAAAUGAAUACUUUCAUUAAUGAUGCAAGUUAUACAACUUCAACUGCUAACUUUAUACAUGUUAACACAAAUCCUCCGGAGUAUCGUGUUUGGCGUGUUAAAUCGAAGAAUGCUAGCGUACGUAAUUGUGAUCAUGGAAUAACUGGAGGUCGUUCGCCAUUCAUUGAUUGUAGACUUGUUGAAACCAUUCCUCAUUGGCGGCGAUUUACUGUAAAUCAGGAGUUGCAUGCUCGAGAAUAUAACGAAUCUGAGUUAGUCUAUUCCAAUACUGAAAAGUUUAAUAUUCGCCCUCCCGAGCUGUUGUCAGUUAAUAAAUUGCUCUUGUAUCAUGAGAUAUUUAUUUAUACGGGUAAUCGAGCAACUUCUAACCUUCAAAUAUCUUUAGAUCCCAUGACUGACAGACUUUAUGACGCGCGUGGGUACGAGGUGAAGAUAAGACGAUGUGCACUUAACAAGUUACGAGACUUUUUACGGGAGAUAUCCGACCACAACGUGCAAAGUAGAAAUUUCCUCAUUGAUCUCGUUACACGCCUUUCGUCGAAAUCGGAUGCCGACACCCAACAGCUUUCAAAAGAUUUCGUUCACGAGAAAGACGUCAAAGAAACUGUCGCUGUCAGCUCCUAUAUUUACCCUAAUAGGAAAAUCAAUUUCAUCUAUCACAUAGUGCUGACUCUCGGACAUUAUGAAACGGAAUUCGACUUGUUCCACCGCACGACUUCUUUUCGCGACGUAUUUAUACGUGCUGGACUUCUUGCAAGAAAAUCCGAAUACAAUCAGGAAGAUGCAAACGAAAUCUUUAAGCUAUACAUGGAUGCAGAAGGCCUUCAUCUACCGAUUACAAGAAGAAAGCUGGAAAGAUUUACGAAAAUAGCAGACAGCCUCAUAAUGGAAAUUGUUUGCGGUUCCGGCGAUAUUUCUUCAGCAAUACCCCCAAUUUCGGAGUUAGCAAUUAGAAAUGCUGCUGAAGACGAGAUAGCAAUGAUAGAAAACGUCAGAAGACGAAACCUAAUCGAAUCGCUACAUAGUGCAUUACUUAACGCUGGAGUAUCAAAUCUGCCGACGACUGAAGAUGUUUUUCAUGCCAAUUUGGCUGAACCAAUCAAUCAUUGGAUUCCACUUUUCUCCGAAAGCGCGGUUGCCUCAUUAAUGCCGAGAUCAGAUCUUCAAACGGACGAGAGUUAUUCGGAACAAGUCAUGACACUGGAGAUUGCACUAAAUGCAAUAAAAGCAUACAUGAAUCCUGAACCGGUAUCAUCUAGUAGCAAAUUCCCGUGCAUUGUUGGACCUCCAGGAGCAGGCAAAACGUUCCUGAUUCAGCUUAUCGCAUUCAUUGCACUGAGCCUAGGAUUCCGUGUGACGCUACUUUCCUUGACUUCGGAACGAGCCAGAUCAUUAGGUGGAAUACAUAUACAUCAAAUGUUCCCUUUGCCGGUCACGGAUAAAUACAACAAAUCACCAGACAAAUCAUAUUGCCAUAUGAUGCAAAGCUUAAGUAAAUCCGGAAAAAAAAUGGUUAUGUUACAAAGAACCGAUAUAUUCAUUUUCGAAGAAAUUGGACUUAUUUCUGCUGAGACCUACGCCAUGCUAGACCGAUGCAUGAAGGAAAUUAUGUCUACGGAUGAGUGUUUUGGGCACAAGCUCGUUAUCGCUAAUGGGGAUCCUUGUCAGCUCCCACCUCCUCAAGGCGCUCCAUUUUGGACGUCAAUGCAUUUUAUGGCUUUUUUUAAAGCAUUACCAUUGAAGCAUUUCGUCCGAUCAGCAAGUGAUAGAAAACUCCAAAAAAUUAUAGCAUUGAUUCGAAAACCGUCUUUGCAAGAAGCGCAAGUAAUCGAUAUCGUCAACAUUCUCGGUGACAACUGCAAUUUUGUAGGAAAUUGGAAUAGUGUUCCAGAAGACGCAAUGAGGAUAGUAUCAACGCGAAAAGCGGAACAAAUGGCAAUUGACGAAUUUUUGGAAGGUAAAGCAAAUGACCCUAACGUGCAACUGGUAAAGUUUAUUUCUACUGAUGAAGUAUACGAUGGAGCGAGUUGGGGACCAGCUAAUACAACGCAAACGCAUGCAAUCACCAGACAAGUUUUAGAACCAGAAGAAAUUUCGUUAUUCAUCGGUGCUGUCCUCAGACUGACAUACAACAACAAUUCGGGAAAUGCGAAGUUUUCACAAGGCCAACUUUGCAUUGUUAAUGAAUUGUUGCAAGCGGAUCAACUACAAUCGGAAGUUGCAGUUAGAGUCAAACUCGUGCCCCCGGGCGAACGGUCUUUCUCUACGCUCGACUCAAAUUGGUCUGAUUUCAUUUUGAAACCUCGGUAUACCCCUGAUGUGUUGAUAAGCGGUAUGAUUAAUGCAAGAAGACUUCAAUUACCUGUUCGCUUUUACAAGGCUAACACUAUUCAUCGGGUAAUGGGAGAAACAUGCCGUCUCGUUGCCACUGAAAUUAAUAAUCAAGAGCCGAGUAAGCGGCAUCUACGUCUCUGGGAGAAAUCUCAACUUCUAGUACUCUUGUCGCGAGUACCGACCUUAGCGUGUUUAUAUUUUGUUGGCGAUAAAUCAGUCACAAGUAGCACAAUUGCUCAAAUGUUACGAACCGAUGAUUUUUGGACAUCGCACAUAUCUGCAAGAUUAAUGACAAAUAUGAGUAGGCAAUCCCACUACCUAUCAAACUCAGACUAUCCUUAUUCCUUCAGUUCCAGAGAAAUUCCAUGUUUCAAGUCCGGAGUUGUAUAUCUGCUCAUUUCUCUGCCAUUUCCAAAUGUGUCCUAUUUGGGACAGACAGGACGCAACAUCAAGCAAAGAAUCGCGGAGCACAACGCUGGCAAUGGAACCACCUUCACCAGCCAAGGACAUUAUAUGCCAUGGGCCCCCCUUGCUAUAAUAUACGGUUUCUCUGAGGAUAUUUCUCGAAGCGAUGCGGAAAAGCAACGACGACAUGUGGAACAAACAAUACAUGAUCACAUCGGACGACAUUUUACCCCAGAAACGGUUUUAUCCGUCAUGUUCAAUUUGGUUUCAGGAGGUAUCACAAUUGAUGGUAGGUAUCAGUUUUAUGAAAACCUUACGGUUGAAAGACUGGGAAGACUUCGAGUUGAUGAGCAUAACGGAAUUGUCGGAACUGAAAACACUGAAUUGUGAUAGUGAUCACAAAGGUUCUUAGGAUUUUAAUAAAUAUUGGAGAUACUAUAUAGACUGCUAAACACAAAAUUUUUCCUACCUAUGGUACUGUUGCCUUGUCGUGGCAGGUAGGCUUUAGUCCCUUAAUGAACUCACGAUCUGUGCUGGCCGGAGCAUUAACUCCUGGCAGGGUCACCCAUGAAAGAGAGGUCGUGUGGGAAAGGGCAAACUAAAACAGUCCAACGCAUUGUUGUAGGCAGUAAUGCAAUUUUUUAAAAUAAAGUGUUGCUAAGUAAUAUUGAUAGUGUUUCAUAUUUUCA